GAAAAAUAUAAUUAUUUAAAAUUUGUAAAAAUAGAUUCCUACAUUUUCAACAAUGUGAUAAUAAAGUAUAACAAAAAAUAUUACGCUUGUGUUUUGAUUAUUUAUUUGUUAAUUUUUUAUUUAAAUGGAAAUAGACACGAAGAAAGAAGAGUGCAAAAAGCAAAAAAUGGACGUACCAAUAUUAGUUCAAGUGACUAAAGGGGAAAAUUUAAUUUACGAAACAAUUGGAAGGAAAAUUGUUGACGAUGAUAAUUUAAAAGCAUUACGCAAAAGCGCGGAAGAAGUUCAAAAAAAUUUAAAUUCUUAUUUAACAAAACUUGUAGAUGAAGAAAAAAAAAUUCAACCUACCGAAAAAUCUAAAGAUGAAAGCAGUGAUUCUGAGAAUAUUUCGGACGAGGAAGAAGAUGAAGAUGUAAAUAAUUUGUUAAAAACAAUUUCUUCAAAAAAAUGUUAAUUUAAGUAUAUAAAAAUUUUUUAAAUAAAUUAAUUUUUCCACCUA